GAUGGAAAGCAGAAAACCGCGAAUCGUCCCAUCGCUUUGGUUGAUAUACCAUGUCUUCCGUCAAAGACUCUACCCCCGACCCCGAUGGCCAAUCCGACACCUUGAGCCAUGCCAAACCCGAGGAUGACUACUGGGACCGAGCGGAGGAUAUUCUCAACCGAUUGAGGGAGAUACAUGCAGUAUGGCCUGUAAUCAGAGCCCAAGGCCAAGAUACUGCUACCAUCCGUUGGUGCAUGCAUAUCCUCCGUCUGUGCUUGGAAUAUGACUUGGUCAUGCAACAGUUUCAGCAGGAUCCCAACAUCGACCCCGGCCUACGUGCGAUUCUGCGCACCGUCUCGAAACAGAGGUGGGAGGAUGGCGGUCUAUUCGAGGAUCCUCUUCCCAGCAAGGGGACUGGUGACCAUGCGGAGAAUGCCAAUCGCGUCAAGACUCCUCCCGGCGACAAGAUGCGCAAGUCGCUCAAGAGACGUGCCGAGGCUGAUCUUGGAAGUGACGAAGAGACCACCGAGGAUCGGAAGAUCCAGAGACAGCGAAGCGCCGCCCGCGUUUACCGAGUCCUUUGUUCUGACAUGCAGAAGAGGGAAGAGAUCAAGAGAGAGCAGAGUGUCGGCGCUGGCGAUGCCGCCCAGAGUAACCGAGUCCUUCGUUCUCAUAGCCAGAAGAAGUGAUGGUUGCAAAAGGACCGGAAAAGAUUGGAUUGAAUCACAGACUUUUAUUCAUCGGUAAAUAGAAGUAGAUUGGAUCACAAGAGUACACAGAAUCCAACGCA